GCACGGAAGUAUCGGAGCUUUAGUAUCGGUCCUUAAUCUCAUUCCAAUAAAAAGCUUACGCAUAAAUUGACGCGUUAUCAUUAGGGGUUCGAAAUUCAAAAUAGUUUUUUUUUCUAACGCUCUGUGAGGCAUAGGUGUUAAAUUAUGUCGGACACGUGCUGUUUAUGGUUAUUUUUAUGGUUCGAAUAUGACAUUAAUUUUGUGAGUUUUUAUGAAAAGGCUCGUCCUUAUUGAGCAAUCAUUAAGUCUUGAUCGUUCGGACUGUGUGGUCGUGUUUAUUUAUUUUUAUUUUAUUUAAUUUAUCGUUAUGAACUGACAUUUAUGUGAGAACUUUAUCGUUAAAGGAAGCUAGUGUUGUCAAAAUGUUUUUAAGAUUCGAGCCUACAAAAUCAACAAAGGGCGCAAGCAAAAUGCGCCGAGAUCUGAUCAACGCGGAAAUCUCAAACCUUCGGGAUUUACUACCACUACCACCAUCCACUCGGCAGAGACUGUCUCAGCUACAGCUUAUGGCUCUAGUAUGUGUGUAUGUGAGGAAAAUGAACUAUUUCCAACAAGUGUUUAAGAGUCACGACUUCAGCUAUCAGUAUCAGGAACAACCUACUCCCACACCUAAUAUCGGAUUUUCGAAGGCUAUGAACGGUUUUAUGAUGAUGAUGACACAGAAUGGCAAACUGCUCUACAUAUCGGAAAAUGCGGCGGAAUACUUGGGACACUCAAUGGAAGAUUUAUUAAUACACGGAGACAGCGUGUACGAUAUAAUAGACAGACAAGACCACCAAAUGGUUCAAUUGGAACUGAAUAGAGGGAGCAACGGAGAGACUGAAAAUAUACCAAAGAAUAGGCAUUUCUUUUGUAGAAUGAACGUGUCUAGGAACGCCAGGCGACAAAUGAGAUUUGGUGACCAAAAAGUAGUUUUAGUCCGAGGACACUACGUGUCAUAUCUCCCGCUAUGCAGCCGCAACGAGCCCGUGUUCCUGGCGUCGUGCACGCCGCUAGCCAUGCCCGAGACGCGCGAGUGCGUGGUGCACGGCGCUACCAACGUCUUCACCACCGUGCAUGCCAUGGACAUGAAGAUAUUGCACAUUGACACCAAUGGUGAAUGGUAUUUAGGAUGGAAGAAAUCAGAAUUAGUUGAUGUCUCGUGGUACCAAAUACUACAUUGGGAUAGUUUACGGGAAGCUCAGGCCAAACAUAAAUUAAUAACACAAUCCGAGCAAGACAAAUGCUGCAUCCUUUUAGUAAAGCUACAGCAGAGAUCCGGCCUGUUUCUAUGGAUACACAUGGUUUUGCAGGUCAAAGAGGCCACGGACACACCUAGGCAAUUUAUCGUAGCUACUAAUCAAGUAUUAAGUGAAGAAGAAGCAUCUAUCAUGGUGGCAAAUUCAUGGCUCUACCAAUACUACGGUUAUCAAAAUCAACCUUGCGGUAUAUUAGACCCCCGCUGCCAAAAGUUCUUCCGACGAGAACCGAACUACCAAGAACCUUACCAAGAAUACUAUGUAGAGAACAAUGACAUAGAGUAUUCUGGAUAUGUCUCAUAUGUACAGAAACCGGAGGAAUAUGUUUGUGAAAGAAUGUAUACGGAACGAGGGCCCGUUGAUUAUUCUACGCAUUCCCCGCAAUCUACUAUUAGUGAAGAAAGAUCGCCGAAUCACUACGACAUGUCAUCUGAAGCUAUAAACAAUAUGUACCCAUACGCGUACCCCGGGAAGAGAGAGUAUUACGAACAGUACCCAACUGUGAACUACACACAAGAACCUUGCACCAGUACUUGUAUGGAUGGCACAGAGUACCCUUCACCAAAACGCAUGCGAUUAUCAACCAACGGUGGGUCCAUAGAGGGUACAGAUUGCAUGGACAGAUGGAACCCCAGUCCCCCGUGGUCGGAUAACCUCAAAAUGACGGACUACACCCAAAGAUUUACCUACAACAUGCUUCCGAUGCCAACUGAGAGAGCUAUGGUCACUUAAUAUAUCGUUUUUGAUAAUCUAUAAUUUAUAAAUUAAUUUAAAAUCAUUUUAUUGCCUCAUGUGGAAAUGUACAAUACAAUAGUAAUCGCAUCUGAAAAGGUUUAUGUAAAAAUAUACAUUUCAUUUUUGUUACUGGUAUGUUAGCUUGCAGUAUAAAGUUUUGUGAAUAAAUUUUCUGUUUAAAUAUGAAUAUAUGUAUACUAAAAAUGGUUGUAUUUCAUGUUUUUAUUUCAUCUACAUCAAACAACGCGUGCAAUAAAUGUUGUUCAUUUAAUUUUAUAACUUUUUCUAAGUAUUAAGAAUAUCUAUAUUUCAUAUCGUUUUGACGAUAUGUAUUUUUAGUAGUUGAAGCUCAAUAAUAAUUUGAGAAUUUGUCAGUAUUUUUAUUAAAUAUUUAAGUAUUAUUAUAUGAAUUUAAUUUAUUUAAACGGUUCCGUCCAAAUAAAAGUUCAUUCCAAAGGAAUAGUAAGUAAUGUACCGUCCUAAGUAGUUUUAAGUGAAGAAUGGUUGUACAUAUUUUAUUACUAUGUGUAAAUAUUGCAUUUAAAUAUUUUUAUUAAGUGAUAUUGAAAUAAAUAGAUUUUUAAUA